CCAGAGACCCCAAGAAAACCUCAACAGAGAACAUUACAUGUUCACGGUUUCUGGAAAUGGUUUUCAUCAACAAGGAGGAACUUGUGGCUGAGAUAGAAGUGAUGAUCACCUUGAGGGAAAGUGACUUUUUUUUUUUUUAAUUUGUGAUUGAUAGAGAAGAAAAUUACAUGUAUUCUGACAUGAACUUUAAUUUCUGAUAGAUUUCAAAAGGUUCAGAAGAAAAAUAGGUUGUGUCCCCUGGAUUAAAAUUCUACAUUGAAAUCUGCUUAGGGUAAAUUGUAUACUUUAGUAUAAAAUUCUGAAGACUGUAAGAAAUCAUUUGAAGAAGAAAAAGGAAGGUUGCCUAGAGAUUGAUUGGAGGCACAGGGAUUUAAUGGAUUAAAUUAGAUCCUUGAUAUUCAAGUCAUGUAAGGAAAUGAAAAGAGAUGAUUUUGAUUAUUCAAGUCACCAGGCCCAGAUGAACCAUAUUCCAGGUUACCAAAGGAUCUUACUGCCAAGCCAAUGCCAGUCAUCUUUGAUGAGGGAUUACAUGGUUCUGCUUGGUCACACAGCCACCAACCCAAGCCCCUGUCUCUUGUCUGUUCUUAGCCUGACUGACCACACUUUGUCUUCCAUAUCAUUCUAUUCAAACCUGUAAAGUUCUGUAGCCUCAUCUCCAUGAAGGCAGAAACCAAGCCUUACUUAAACCUAUGUAACUUCUCCAAAAUAUAUAGUACUAUCCUCUCUGUACAUUGUGCAAUAUCCAAGCUAAAAAAAACUUCUGAGGACAUCAACAUAUACCUGAAGCAUAAACCCCUUCUAUAGCAUCAUUGGCAAAUGGCCAUCCAAACAAGUCCUCCAGUGAUAAGCAGCUCACUACCCAGCAAAGCAGGAAGAAGGAAGAACCUAGGGAGUACGGGAUGGGUUAUUUGUACACAAACCUCAUCCUCCAGUAGACAGUAAGCUCAUUGAGAACAGAAGUUUGGUUUUCAUUCCUUUAUCCCCAGCGCUAAGAACAGAAGACUAAACAUAAUAGGUACUUAACUCAGUUAAUUACAUUUGACAAAUUGAAUUUGUUAAGUUAAAUUAAUUGAACACCAAAGUGAAUGCUCUGCCCUUCCGGACAAAAAAUUGAUUCUUCCCUGAUUGAGCCCCAAUCAUGCUGGUCCUUAGACAUUCAGAUAAUAAUGUCGAGCCCAAAUUCUAUUACUCUUUAGUUUAUAUUUUCUAUCACAGUUCUGUGAAGUAGCACAAGUAUGAUCAUCCCCAAUUUACCAAUUUAAAAACCUGUGCUAUAGAAAGUGACUUAUAUCCAAUCAUACAUAACUGUAUUUGAUGAACUUGAACCCAGGUCUCCCGAUCCCAAGCCCAAUGCUCUCUCCAUGAAUCAACAUGACCCCUGGUCCAUCUUCCCCACUCCACACUCUGCUCCCAUUCAGACAGGCACCCCCCGCCCCCAGCUCCUGGUGUCAAGAGCUCUGAAAUUCCCUGACCCUCCCCACUUGUUCCACCUCACUGCCUGUCAUCAGAUGAUUUCAGCUGUCACCUGUCUCUUGGAGGAUAAGGUUGCCAGAGUCUAUAAAUAUAGGCCCCGGCUCACCCACAGGCCCCCAGAGACGGGCAGAUGGCAAAGAGCGCAGAGCAGGGCACUGCUGCUGCUAACCCAGGAAACGGGGCCCCUCCACCCGUUCUGCUCCCAGCCUCCUUCAGACCCCCAAGGACGAAUCUGCUGAGCUGCCAGUCUCCUCUGAGUGCAUGGUGAGCACUUCCCCAGCCCAUUAGGAGCCUUUGGGACCAUGGUUGGUCUGAAGCCCACAGAUGUGCCUCCCACCACUGCGGUCAAAGUCCUGGGGGCAGGCACUGCUGCCUGCUUUGCUGACCUCCUCACCUUCCCAUUGGACACAGCCAAAGUUCGCCUCCAGAUCCAAGGAGAGUCCCAGGCUGAGCAGGCGAUUCAGAAUGUGCGCUACCGGGGAGUGCUGGGCACCCUCCUGACCAUGGCGAGGACCGAGGGCCCCACCAGCCUCUACAACGGCCUCGUGGCCGGGCUGCAGCGCCAAAUGAGCUUUGCCUCCAUCCGAAUCGGUCUCUAUGACUCCGUCAAGCAGUUCUACACCCCCAAGGGAGCAGAGAAUUCCAGCAUCAUGAUCCGGAUCCUGGCAGGAUGCACAACGGGGGCCAUGGCCGUGAGUUGUGCCCAACCCACAGAUGUGGUGAAGGUGCGUUUCCAAGCCAGUGUCCGAAUGGGACCAGGAAUCAGCAGAAAAUACAGCGGGACGAUGGAUGCCUACAGGACAAUUGCCAGGGAGGAAGGAAUCAGGGGCCUGUGGAAAGGAACUUUGCCCAAUAUCACCAGAAAUGCCAUUGUCAAUUGUGCGGAGAUGGUGACCUAUGACAUGAUAAAGGAGGCACUAAUAGACCACCACCUGAUGACUGACAACUUUCCCUGCCAUUUUGUCUCGGCCUUUGCAGCCGGCUUCUGUGCCACGGUGGUGGCUAACCCUGUGGACGUUGUGAAGACCCGGUACAUAAAUGCCCCUCCUGGCCGCUACAGCAGCACCCUGGACUGCAUGCUGAAGACUCUGCGGCUGGAAGGGCCCACAGCCUUCUACAAGGGAUUCACUCCCUCCUUUCUUCGUUUGGGAUCCUGGAAUGUAAUGAUGUUUGUGACAUAUGAGCAGUUGAAACGAGCCCUGAUGAAACUCCAAAUGUCCUGGGAAUCUUCAUUUUAACCAAAAAGGGAAAAUUACUGGAAUAUGGAAAUCAUAACAUGGAAACAUGCACACGACAUAUACACACACUCACAGAGACAUAAAUAUUUAUGUUGCUUGCUGCCAGACCUUAAGAAAUAUCCUUUUACAGACCGAAAAAUGGAAGAAGAAAAGAUAGACAAGAAAGAAGUUUCCAGCCUUGUAUACUCUAUCUUAAGAACAGCUUGUCAUGCAUUGACAAGACAAAAUCAUAAAUUAUAUUAAUUUCUGAAAUAUACCAAGGUUGAUGCCUAAUAUUUAGGCAAGAAAAGAUAAAUUCAAACAGAACCCUUUGGGAAAAUCAGACGGAAUGGUGGAUGUAUCUUGGACAUUGGUUUAGAAAAUUAAUUGAAAGCGGUUCAAGAGACCUUAAGCAAAGGAAGAAAUGAAUAGGUGUUUAAGUUUCUCCUCACUGGGGAAUCUAGGGUAUAGCUGGCAAUUUAUCAAAAUCACAGAUUCUCAGUGCUGGAAGAAAUGUCAUGUUGCAUCUAAUCUAACAUGUAACUGAAUGUUAAUCUUCUCAAUAAAGUCCUGGACAAGUUGCACA